AUGUCUGCUUCGCGCAAGACCAAGACUGUUCUCGAUAAUGACGCGACCGAUGCCGAAACCCAGCCGAAGAGGAAGAAAAUCCGGAGAGGAACCCGCAGUUGCUGGGAGUGCAAGCGGAGGAAGAUGAAAUGUGUGUUCGACUCGCCCACGGACGCCGUGUGCAUUGCGUGUCAGCGACGGGGGACCAAAUGUGUCAGCCAGGAGUUCCCCGAGGAGGUCUCGGCGCCGGUCGACAGGAGCCGCAUCAUGGGCGAUCGGGUGGUGAGGGUGGAGAACAUGGUUGAGCAGCUGUUCCAGAAAGUUGCCGUUGGCGAUAAUGGCCGGCUCGCCGGGGGCGGACUCGGAGGGACCGCCCGGAAUGGGAACGAUGGUGGAAAUACUGGCCAGGGCAUUCUCACUCCGGCGUCCAUUGGCUCGGAAUCUUCGCGAUUCCUGGCUUUAUACAAGCCAUCAGAGGACAAUGACAAUGACACGGGCGACAGUGAGAUCCUUCAUGACGCUCGUGGACUGUACAGACUUCGAUCAGUCCCCAAUACGCCGGCUGGACCGGGCAAAUACCGUCAGCUGUCGCGGGCUUUGCACGAGGCUUUACCCUCGCGAGACGACGUCGAGAUGAUAUGCAGACCCAGCGGCCAGCGUGGCGUGAUGUACCAUCAAUUUCUAACCAUACCGUACACGAAUCUCGAACAGGACGGGCUCGAAUCGCCAGAGAGCCUGCUCGAGAUACCUGGACCGGACGUGCACCCAGUUCUGAUCGCGAGAUACAUGCUCCACGUCGCCAGUCACCUGCAGAGCCUCCAUCCGGAUUACCACAAGAAGAUCCAAACUCUGUCGGAGGAGCCGCUGGCGAUGAUGAAACGGCUGGCAGACACGGCCAUCAGCCUGGUCACGACCAACGACGAACUCCUCGGCAGCAUCGAAGGGCUGGAGUGCGUCAUGCUGGAGAGUCUGUAUCAAAGCAACCUCGGGAAUUUGCGACGGAGCUGGAUCGCCGCCCGGCGAGCCAUGGUGAUUGCACAGGCGAUGGGCCUGCACCAGCCCGGCGGCGUGGCCCGAUACACGGUGCUGGACCCGGGCACGAAAGCCCAGCCACGGCACAUGUGGUUCCGCCUUGUCUUCUACGAUCGCCACCUCUGUCUGAUGCUGGGCCUUCCGCAAGGGUCGCUCGAUCGCCGAAUGGCGUCCGACGCCGCGUUCGCCGCCGACACGCCCAUGGGUCGUCUCGAACGCAUCCACUGUGCCAUCUCGUCGCGGGUGUUGGAGCGCAACGAGGCCGAGGCCGAGGCCGCCGACUCAAGCUCGCACGGCUAUGCCCUGACCCAGAGCCUCGACCGGGAGCUGCAGCGAGCGGCACGGAGCCUGCCCAGCAAGUGGUGGCUCAUGCCGGACCUGAGCGCGGCGUCCGACCCGCAGGCUCUGUUCUGGGACACGCGGCGGAUGUUCUUGCAGCUGUUCCACUACGACCUGCUCAACCAGCUCCACCUGCCCUACAUGCUGCGGUCGUCGGCCGGGCGCAAGUACGAAUACUCGCGCAUGACGUGCGUGAACUCGUCGCGCGAGGUGCUCUCGCGCUUCAUCACCCUGCGCAGGUUCAACUCGGUCACCUUCAACUGUCGCACCGUCGACUUCCUGGUCCUGAUGGCCGCCAUGACCCUGCUGCUGGCCCACCUGGACAGCCACCGUCACCGCUCGGGUCAGGCCGAGAACCUCCUGGCCCACCAGUACCUCAGCGACCGUGCCAUGAUGGAGCAGGCACACGAGAACAUGGUCGAAAUCACUCGUGUGAGCGCCGACCCGCUGAGUGCACAGAGUGCCGACCUGCUGCGCCGCCUGCUGGCCAUCGACGCCGAGGCGGCCGACGGCCAUACACAUGGUGCCGAGAGCGUGAGUGUGCAGACACAUGGCACCGAGACGGCCGCGCCGGACGGAGAGGAUGACCGCAACAGCGACAGCAUCGUGCGCGUGCACAUUCCUUACUUUGGCAUCAUCAAGAUUGCUCGCGAGGGCCUCAUCUCCAAGGAAACACCAACACCGCCCAAAUCACGACCUCCAGGGGUAAACACCAGCCAGCCUCGGCCCAUGGUCCCGGUUGGCAGAUCCAGUGCCAGUGCCACCAGCUCGGAAUCUCUGCAGCGCCAUUCAGGCCUUUCUGGGACUGCUCAUGUCGAAGCCAGUUCCAGUUUAUCAUCCGUCGGAGCGGGCUAUGGCAGUGUCAGCAAUCUUCGCACCGUGCCGCGAGCAGCAUCCAACGCCUGUCUGGAGCCCCCGGGUGGGGUUCCAGUUCCGUCCACCACCAGCGACGACAACGGGUUCACACCACACUGGGAGUUGACCCCGCAACUCCCCAGUGCCACUGUCGGUUCCGACUCUCUACUACAGCAGCUCCCCUACCCUGGGGCAACGGCCGGGGUGGACGACUGGGCGUUCCAGGGCGUCGACAUGGCCUUUUUUGACAGCUUGAUGAGAGGCGCCGGGGACGACGGAGAGGGUGGGGCGGAAUGGGCGGCUUGGCCGGACGGGUCUUGA